UUUCAACUCUUGCAAAGUUUACCAGCCCUCAGAAAUUAAAGUCAACCAUGCAAGAUUUGUUAACAGGCAGAAUAUGAAAACGCCAUUAGACCAGUUCAGUUAUCUUCUACAAAAGGCCUUGCUUCUCUCCACAACUCUUGUGGUAGUCACAGCCGUGCUACAAGAAUGUUCUUCGCCUUUACAUGUGGAAAGUGGAUUGAUAAGGAAUCUCACUCAUAGCCCGGACUUAACUCUUGACCCCGACUCAGCGAGGCUUCAUGGUGGCCGCUCAUGGUGUAUUCCAGAGAACGGGUCCAACCAUUCAUUCUUCAAAUUGAAUUUCGACUCAGUUCUGAUGAUACGGUCGAUUCUGAUCCAAGGGGACCCCGGAGAGGAUAUGUUUCUGACAUCCUUUUACAUAACUUACAUGUCACAAUCGGAGUGGAAAAGCUAUAAGGAGAAUGCCACGAAAAUAAUUUUUUCAGGCAACAAAAACCAUAAGUCCGUCACUGAAGUUGUCUUGCCUCGUCUAACUGCAAUGCGUAUGGUCAAAAUCUUCCCAGUCACGUGGUAUGGCCAGCGGUGCGUUAGACUAGAAUUCAAGGGGUGUGACGUCGAUGACCUAUACCCGAUAGGAAUGUACAGUGGUGACAUACCUGACAGCUCUAUUAGUGCAUCAAGUGAAGACACUGGCACACCUGCUCAUAAUGGCCGCCUUAAUCGCAUUGAACUACAAAAAAGUCAAUCAUGGAAGCCAGUUACUUCCCAAACUAACACCUAUCUUCAAAUCACAUUGCCAGACAAGACAGAUAUAACAGGCGUUGCUACUCAAGGGAACCCGUUUGCUUUAGAGUACGUGAAAACGUACACUCUCAGUUAUUUGGAGGAUGAUAACAAGACAUGGACACAAUAUAAGAACGGAGAAACUGACGUUGUAAAGGAAUUUUAUGGCAACUACGAUAACAACACAGUUGUGACCCACAAGCUGACACCGAUCAUCUCCUCAAGUGCCAUUAGGUUCCAACCACGACUACAACACUCUCGGGUUGCCAUGCGAGUCGAAAUAUACACCUAUGGAAUAGCUUUACCCAGUGACCUUGGCAUUGCAAGUGGUGAGGUCCCGGAUGAUAAAAUCACAUCUCCUUCUACACACUUGGGAUACAGCCCUGCGUUUGGGAGAUUGCACUACGAGCUCAAAUCGCCUUGCGCGUGGUGUUCAAAACAAUUAGCCCAUUCCUGGAUAGAGUUCGACCUUGGUCACGCAAUGGCUGUCACGGGCGUCACAAUCGAUCUUGCAACGCUAGGGGACUUAUCGACAGCUUGGGUGACGAGCUUUGCAGUAAAUAUCAGUGAAGAUGGGAUGAAUUGGUCUCCAUAUGCUGAUAUAGGAUCAAAAUCUCCCAAGGAAUUUCCAGGUAAUUCGAAUGUCAGGAAAACAGCAGUAGCUGGUAACUUUGACCGGGCAAUCCCUGCAAAGCAUGUUAGGGUUAUCCCUGUGGGGAGCAGCCGUAAUAAUCGGAUAUGUAUGCGAGCCGGUGUACAAGGCUACAAGCCAGUUAUCAGCUGUCCCGAAGGUUGGAAAGUGUUUCGAGGAUCUUGCUAUUUCUUUAACUUGGCAUCACCCUUCUUGAGCUACGAUCAGGCCCGUGAAGACUGCAAAGGCAGGGGAGCGAAUCUAACGGACGUUCAAGAUGCGAAUGAGCACAGCUUCCUGAAGAGACACAUCUCACCAGAUGCAAAUAUCGGUUACUUCAUUGGACUGACGGACGAGGCGGAGGAGGGAGUCUUUGUAUGGCAAGACGGAAAAAAAGCUAGUUAUUCGGGCUGGGGGUUGUCUGACCCCUCAGGGUCAACGAAUGAGAACUGCGUCGCUUUGUUCUCCUCUUCUAGUUUUAAAUUCGUUGACAUUAGCUGUGCUGACAGCCUGGGACACAUUUGCAAGAAGACUGUAACCGAAGAACCUUAUGAAAUGUGCGCAAAGUUUACAACAAUAACAGACUACUCUCGCCACGCAAGCUACGUCACAUUGUGUUCAACACCCGACAUCAGUAUCAACGAGCUCGACUGGUUUGCAUUCACAGAUCGAACCGGUUUUCUCCAGCUCGCGACAAAGUGUGUUCCAAUGAAGCGUUGCGGUGGAGUUACAAGUGGCUGGAUGAGAGGUCCUCAUCCUACGGUGCAAGAGGGCGUGGUUUCAAGCGAGGUGUGUUUCCAUGGUGACAGUGGCUGUUGUCAUGACAGUGUCAAGGUGCAAGUGAGAAAUUGUCGCACGCACUUUGUGUAUAAACUGGUGAAAUACCUCAAGGGUCGAUACUGCACAGAGAAUUACCAACAAGAACCUGUCAAUGUUCUUUUUCUCCAGCACCCCGUCCCGUCCCAAAUACCCGAAGGUCACGUGAUUGAUUCUGCCUACGACGACAUCGAUAUGCAAGCGUGUAUGAGGCUGUGCUUCGCCUGCAGUGCAUGCCGGUCCUUCGCCCACAAUCCAUUGCAGGGCGUAUGCCUUAUUUACAACGCCCAUCUGACCAGUGGCUUGCAAGAGAAGGAUGGGUUCUUUUACUUCUCUCUUGCAGACGCUGUUACCGUAGAUGUUAAGUAAGCCGUACGUACCAAUACGUACGUACGAACCAUUCUCCUUGUACGUACUAAGACGUACCAAUCUCCGAUGAUUUUAACGGAAAACGCGAAAAAUAUUUAAAGCAUUGUUUCUUUUGGAAGUUUCUUUGAGGAUGUUAUUGAUAAUUUAGAGCAGAUGGCUUGUUAAAUAUCUCGGAUUCUAAUUCUUUUGUCUUUUAACGGUUGAGGUUUCCGUCGGACCUCAGGAAGUAAACUGGUGACAAUGCGGCUUUAUACAACUACGACGGACCGGCAGGGAGAACGUUACCCACCAAAAAACCCUUCAUGCUUUGCGCCCAAUUUUAACUUGUUGCCUUAAAUUUUACUCGUUUGUCUAAGCCAAAAAAGUAGCACGAAAAUAUGUCCAAACGAAAUUUUGUCAUUAUAGCGGAGCCCCUGCGAAGCCCCAUAGUCAUCUAUGGUCACGAUGGGAUGCCUGUGUUUUCCGUAUGUCCUUUCUCAUUGCGUCUCUGAUUGGUCGAAAAUUGAAAGGGCGCGAAAGUGGGAACACUCGCCGUUUGCAAAACAAACAUGCUACACAGCCAAAGCUAAUAAAUAUUAAAUAUUAUAAAAACUGGGAAAAUACACAAAUACGAUCAUGGAAAACGGAGCGAUUUUGCGAAAAGGAAUGUGAACUUAAAAGGCGGAAGCAUUCAAGAAACCCUGGCAUCUGACAGCUUACAGAACUACAAUUGUUGUUUUUAAAUGCUGAAUGGGAAACCGAAAGACUUAUUUAAGUACUUAAGAAGGACUUGUCGAUAAAGUAGCAUAGGUUAAUAAAUAUGGACUCUGCCGUGGAGAAGUGUAUUUCAGGUAAAUACAAAAUGUUUUUAUCGGCAGAAAACUUUCGUUUGUUCUGCUCGCUGUAGAAAUUGUCAAAACAAUUCGUACGACAGAAUUUGCCCGUUUUGUUCCCUAUUAAACUUGGCCUACUAUGUAAAUAACAGAGGAAAAUCCUUUCAAGUUUUUGCACUGAAUAACAUCUGCACUGCACUGCUCUCAGCAACUAGAAUCGAGGAAUUUGUGCAUGUAUAUUAUUAUUAUUAUAUUAUUAACUAUUUUUGUUGUUAAAUUUUACUCGAUGUAAAUUGUGCAAUUUGGCAUUUUCCCUGGAAGAUGCAACAAUUUUGAAAUAAAUCACUGUUGUGGUAGUUUCACAAUAUGUAUAAAUAA